AUGUUUACCUCUUAUAUCAAAAAUAAUCCAUCAAUGGAUCCUCGAGUUCUGCGAUUGGUAUGCAGACCAAAGUCUACGAUGAAGUCACCAAUCAAAGAGCCACUCAGCGAUUUCCAUCUCUUCCCAAGCCUUCUACCUGAACUUCGAAUCCUCGUUUGGCGAUAUGCCUGCAAAACUCGUACCGUCGAAGUUCGAUAUGAUCCAACCAUCGAUCGAUGUCGUUCCAUCACUCCACCUCCCGCCAUACUCCAAGCCAAUCACGAAUCACGAAUCGAAGCUUUACGUAUCUACACACUCUCUUUCGCAACGCAUACUUCCGAGCCAAGAAUAUACUUCAAUCCAUCCAUCGACGUCCUCUACCUCCCUCGACAUCGCGCCAUGGGCUACGAUGAAACCCUCCGCGAUUUCCGCACCUUCUUAACCAGCCCAACCCUCCUCGACGACGUCAAAACCAUCGCCAUCGAUCAUGUAGAUGUGGAAAUCAAACGACCAUGGGAAUCCUACAACAAAGCCACCCUCAUGCGAUCAUUCCCAAACCUCGACCUAGUCAAAUUAAUCAUCAAGGAGCAGAAACGCGCAUGCGGUGCCUGGCACGAGAACUUCGAGUUGGUGGAACCAAAGAUGAAACCGGAAGAUAUUCUGAGGAUCUGGGUCGAUUUUAAACAGUGUUUGGUGAGGGAAGAGCGGACGCUGAAGGAGAUUGCGUUGGGUUGUGAGGGGGAAUAUUUGGGGUGGGCUUUGCCGACUGUGAGAGUUCAGACGAAGGUUAGGAAGGAGGUUGCUUAG